GGAGUCAACACAAGAAGCUCCAGUAGGAAGUCAGGCUGCAGUCCAGCGUUUUCCGUAAAGUCUCUUCAAGCUUGUGAUGGACAAAAUUCCCGUAUUUAAUUUCAGCCUGCUGCAGGUGUCUACUGACGGGAAACUGUUAGCUAUUUCUGCUAUUUUUAGCUAUUAGCUAUUUUUAGUUUCAGUUUCGUGUUAAUGUUUCUUCGUUUUUAGUUCGUGAGGUACUCGGUGUGUAAUUUAAUUUAAUCUCACGUUGGUAAACUUUUAGGGAUUUAACCUCAGAAGUGUUUAAAGAUUCACAAGAGCAACAAAAUGAACUGUGGCCUGCUGACAAACAAGAAUGAACCAGUUCCACUAAAGAACAUCGAGGUGGAUCUGCAGGUUCAGGGGCAUGUAGCGACAGUGACCUCCACACUAAAGUAUAUAAAUGAGGAAGAUAACACCCUGGAAGCCGUGUUUGUCUUCCCCAUGCCUUCAGGAGCUGCUCUCUGCCAUUUCAGUGCCAAGAUUGCAGAUCAGGAGAUAGUGGCUGAGGUGCAGGAGAAACAGGAGGCGCGGGAGCAGUACGAUGAUGCACUGAGUUCAGGUGAACAGGCGUUUCUGCUGGAGGAGAGUGAGGAGUCUGCGGACGUGUUCAGGCUCAGUGUGGGCUCUCUGCCUCCACACCAGAGUGCUGCUGUCACCUUCAUCUAUAUCAUUGAACUGAGUGUGCAGGCUGACCAUUCACUGCAGUUCUGUCUGCCUGCAGUACUCAACCCUCGCUACACACCAGCUGGUACAGGGGGUGGUAUAGUGUCAGAGAUAACAUCAAGUUCCACUGGUAUCCCCUACUCCCUCUCUUUUACUGCACAUAUAAACUCUCCAAACCCCAUCACUAAAGUGGAGUCCAAAUGUCCUCUAGAGCCUCUGAUGUUCCUCAAAACAGACCACACCAAGGCAAAGGUAAGUCUUGGUGCAGGUCACAUGUUUGAUCGAGAUGUCGAGCUGUAUCUAUUUUAUCAGAAUCCCCAUCAGCUCACUGCUAUAGUGGAGGCUGGAGCUCCUUCAGCAGAGUCAGGAUCUCUCAUGGGAGAUCCAGUGGUCAUGGUCAGUUUCUAUCCAGAGUUCCCUGAGUCAGUAAUGUCCUCCAUGUCGACGUGUGGUGAGUUUGUGUUUGUUAUGGACAGAUCUGGCAGUAUGUCCUGUAGCAUGCAUAAUGGACCAGGUGCACAGGAACGCAUCGACUGUGCCAGGGACACUCUUCUCCUGCUACUGAAGAGUCUCCCCAUGGACUGUUACUUCAACAUCUAUGGCUUUGGCUCUCACUAUAGUUCCUUCUUCCCUCAAAGUGUGCAGUACAAUCAGGACACUAUGGAGCAGGCGGUGCAGAAGGUAAAGGAGAUGCAAGCAGACAUGGGGGGCACAGAGAUUCUGCCAGCUUUGGAACACAUUUACAAGCAGCCUUGCAUCUCCAACCACCCAAGACAGCUCUUCAUAUUUACAGAUGGUGAAGUAGAAAACACCAAAGAUGUUCUUCACUGUGUCAAGAGUAAUGCUGAUUUCCACAGAUGCUUCUCAUUUGGGAUUGGUGAAGGUGCAAGUUCUGCACUCAUUACAGGAUUGGCUGAGAACAGCUGUGGCCACGCCCAGUUCAUCACAGGAACUGAUCGCAUGCAGGCCAAAGUAAUGCAGUCUCUUCGCUAUGCUUUACAACCAGCAGUGACUGAUAUCACUGAGGACUGGUUUGGAUUAUCUUUCUCCCAUCUGAGCCCCCAAAUUAAAUCACUGUUCCAUGGUCAAAGAGCACUGAUUUAUGCCCAGUUGAAAGGAGAGGAAUGUCAGAACCCAGAUGCUAAGGGAAAAAUAUCAGUGCAUUAUCGCCUAGGGGGUCAAGAGGUCACAAACAGUGUUGACUUCUUCCUGAAGCCUGUCGAGAACACAGGGAUGGCCAUCCACAGGCUUGGUGCUCGCUCUCUGAUCCGUUCUUUGGAAAGUGACGAGAGGGUUGAUGGAGCUGAUAAAGAUGCUCUGAAGGCCAGAGUGGUGGAACUGAGUAAGCAGUGUGGAGUGAGCAGCUCACACACAGCCUUCAUAGCUGUUCAUAAGGGCAACAAAGAAGCUGUGAAGGGGCCGCUGGUGAAGAGGAGAAUUCCUGCCCCGGCACUGAUGGCAUGUCAUAUGAUGUUUUGUUCUGUGCCGAGGAAUAAAAGAGCGCCUUCUGCUGCACCAAUGGGUAGAAUGUUCUGUCAAUUAUCUGCUGCGUUUCCUGAUGCAGCAAUGGCUGAUGGGCUCUGUACCAACUCUCUUGAUGAUGAAGAAUCUGACACAUAUGAAGAGUGUGAUGCAGGAUUUGACACAAGCCCAGAAACUUCAGGGAUUCCAAAGGACUUACUGAUGGAGCUCAUCUCUCUCCAGAAGGCUUCAGGUUGCUGGGAAAUUGGGUCUUCACUUGCAGAGGUGUUUGGGAAAACAGAAAAAGAGCUGAUCGAGAAGAUUCCUGCACAGGCGUCAUCGGGCAUCAAGGUGAAGCCAGAUGUCUGGGCUACACUUCUGGCUCUUAUUUGGUUGCACGGCUUUAAGAUCGAUGCUCAGGUUGAGUGGCAGUUUUUGGCCAUGAAGGCAGUGUCAUGGAUCCGCAGUCAGAAAGUGGUCAACCAGACAGAGUGUGUACAGGCAGGAAAUGCUCUUCUGGGAUGCCAGGUUAAAGAAGACACUCUUGGCCUUUGAAGACUUUCUACAGCAUCCACUUCAGUUCUAUUCAGUUCAAGUUUAUUUGUAUGGCGCUUUUUACGAUUGAGAUAAUUAGCAUGCCUUUACAUAUAUGCUAAUGAUGUCAGAAUAAACACUAGAUAGUUUUUUCUAAAUGUUUGUCUCUCAAUGGCAAAGCAUUUAAUGAAAAUGCAAGAGCUACACGGUGAAGGUAAUAUAUAUAAUAUAAUCAGUAUGUGUGUGUGGGGCAGUGUCCUGAACUAGUGGUUAUUGAGGUAUCUAACAGUCACAGCCAUGUACAGUAUGACAAGACAAGUGCAGUGUCUAAAUACUAAAGUUUUACCCUGUUUAAAUACUGGUUUCAAAUAUUUUGGUGUGAUAAAGCUCAUAUUAUGAAUAUAAAUAUUAAAGGUAUUAAGCACCCACUUCUUUACA